AUGGUUAUAUUAAUUUCGAAUAAUAUUAAUCAUAGAGAGGAAAAUGCCGUUUUAAGAACAAAUUUGGCCAUAAAUUGGCGAGAUAAGCAAAAAAGAGUCGACGAACUGGAAAGAAGACACAAACAAGAAUUAGACAAAAUAUCUCAAGAGCUGGCAGAUAAAAACAAAAACGGGACACCCAAUCACGUAUCUGCAAAAACGCUGAAAGCGCCGACAUUCGAUGGCAUAAUCCCUUGGGAAAGCUAUCGAACCCAGUUUGAGGCAGCGGCACUUAGAUCGGCACUGGAGGUGCUGCAAGCAAUACCAGCCAAGGACAAGGACAAUUUCGAGUCGUUAACAGCUGCACUGACACGACGUUUUGGCAAUAGCUACACAGAAGAUUUUUUUUCGACGCAACUAGAGCACCGAGUUCAGAAAUCCGGGGAGACUGCACAACAACUGGCCCAGGACGUAGAAAGGUUGACGCUGUUAGCUUACCCGACCGAAACCCCAGAAUUCAGGGACAAGCUAGCGGCCAAAGCAUUCAUCCAAGCAAUACGGAACCCAGAGAUCAAAUACGAGUUGGCGAUCUCAAAAGAGGAGACCCUACAAGAUGGAAACGGCCCCGGGUACCUGCUCCACUCUGAAGUGUUGGAACUGUGGAAAAAAUGGCACAUUCGAAGAUAUUGUCAACAACUACAGAAAAAGGGCAAUUUUGGAGGCAAUAAAGGAAGCAAAAGCAAAAAUGAACCAGCCGAUAAAGCGCCGACGGCCAAAACGUAUUCAGAUUCCUGUACGAACAAGAAAUUGGCUCUCGGAAUUAGACAAGGCGAUUCGACGACUUCUCCGAUUUCAGUGAUAGCUCUUAUCCGAUAUUCUACCAUUCCUUCAAAGAAUCGAUCUACAGUGUCAAAGGUUGAUAUAGCGUAUAGAGAAGAUUUGUCAUCGAUUGCAAAGAGAACAAGAAAAAUUAACGUCUGA